UGCCCCCCUCCUAAAAGAAAGCAGGUAAACUCAAUAGAAUGGUUGACCAAUGUUGCGUAUCUUUUGAGAAAGAUCUCGCUUUUGGCUUUGUCAAAUGGAUUGUCUGUUCACGGCUUGUGUGAAAACUAAGAAGACUCGUCAUCCCAGAACAGCCAUUAUGGAACUUCGCUGCGUCGUCCAAAAGUAUGCUUGGGGUAAAACUGGAAAAUCUAGUCUUGUGGCCCAGCUCUCGCAGGGAAAUUCAACUGCUCCCAUAGUUGAGGACGAUCCCUAUGCUGAACUAUGGAUGGGGACACACCCUUCUGGUCCAUCUGUGAUUAAAUCCUCCAACGAACCAUUGCUGAAUCACCUGCUCAACAAUGUUGACUCACUGGGAGAUGGAGAGAAGAAGAAGUUCGGGACAGACCUGCCCUUCCUUUUUAAAGCUCUAUCAGUGGCAAAGGCACUAUCAAUCCAAGCACAUCCCAACAAGAAACAUGCAGAAGAGUUGUUUGCCACCCGCCCUGACCUCUACAAGGAUCCCAACCAUAAGCCUGAGAUGGUGACUGCUUGGCUGGGGCCUUUUGAAGCCUUGUGUGGCUUCAGGCCUACAGCAGAUAUCAAAUUCUUCCUCCAAGAAAUUGACGAGUUGGCCGCCGUGGUGGGAAAAGCGGCGUGUGAAGCUCUGGUGAAGGCCGAGUCGGAGUCAGAGGAAGCGCUAGCACUCCGUGGAUGUUUCUCCGCUUUGAUGAACAGCAGUGAGGAAUCGAUUGCUUCCGCACUCAAGCAGUUUGAACUGCGCAUCCCUUCUCUAAGUGCCGAGAAGAAGGACGCGCUUCAAUGUGACCUUUUCACGCGGAUUGCCACCGAUUUUCCGGGCGACGUCGGCUGUUGGAGCGUUUAUUUCAUGAAUUACGUGGUUCUUCAAGAAGGCGAAAGCAUGUUCCUCGGUCCCAAUAUUCCUCACGCUUACAUUUUCGGGGAUUGCCUCGAAUGCAUGGCAUGUUCGGACAACGUGGUUCGCGCCGGACUGACGCCCAAGUUCAAAGAUAUCGACACGUUGUGCUCGAUGCUGGACUACCAGCCGGGACCAGUCGACCGCUUCCGGAUGCAGUGGAGCAACGUCGAUGAGUUUUGCCAGACAUGCUCUCCUCCUGUACCGGACUUUGCCAUGGCCCGUCUGCGACUGCCUGCCAGCGCCACCGUCGACAAAGCAUACAGUUUGCCCGUCAGAUCCAACGCAAGCAUCCUUCUGAUCCUGCAGGGCCAGGCCACCAGCGCCGAGACUGGAGGAGACUUGAGCUUUGGUCAAGUGCUCUUUCUCAAAGCCGGCCAACAGUUGAGUCUUCAAGUCAAAGGCGAGCAAGAUGUAAUCGUUUAUCAGGCUUUCGCCAAUGUUUGAACCGCCUCAAAAGAGGGUACAGACAUUACGGAAUGAUGGCGCGAGAGACAGAAGAAAGAAAAUGAAAAAUGAAAAAGAUGAAGAGAAAAGGUGAUGAAAGCUGGGAGCGCCUGUCGUCUUUUGUUACUCGGUUCGUGAUAUUUAUUAUGUAGCUCUCAUGGAUGUGGUUGAAUACAAAAAUGGGUUGGUGUGGCUAAAACAAA